AUGUUACCCAUUCUACUAAUAGUGAGUCUGGUGCUCUGGCGUCAAGGAAGUGCAUGGGAAAGAAUUUAUCCAAGAUUCGGUAAGAACAGGGAGAAGCAUUUCAAAAGCUUCCGCUUAAUUGUGGAGUUCACUGUAGCGAAUGAUUGUACCAUCAUUUCUGUAGCGCCAACUUCACAAAAACAUAACGCCACCUGCAGAAUACUGGAAGACGAGAUUGUCUUAGACAAUAUACGUGAAAUCACCUCGAAGGAAGUGAACUGCCGCUGUCCACUCGAGAGGACUCUGAGCAAAUGCAUAAGGCAGUUGGAU